AUGCCGUUCUUUCGCAAGCAGAGACGAGGGCCUUUGAUAACCCCAUCGCUGCCUGAUCACCAGGACAGCAAGCCUUCAAAGACAGGAAGCCACUCGAUCCGUGCACUUUUCACCGGCAAAAAGACCCGGCCUGCAGCCCAUCCCAGUCCCACCACUCCAACGCUACCCAACGGCAGCGAAACAGGUAUAGGACCAAACACCACCGUCAACACUCAGGGAACAUUCUCAAUCUCAUUCCACCCCAAGACACAAACCACACUCUGCUGGCAGAACAUCGAUCCUCCGGAUGAUCUACUGGUUUCUCUCGACGAGAAAGCCCUCGAACAGCAAUUCCUGUUAAAUCGAUCCCGAACCACUGAGAUGAUCGAUACCAGCAGAACCACGUCCCCCAAGUACACGUCCCCGAAGGUAGCGGCGGCGGCAGCAGCAGCAGCAGCAGCAGCAGCCGCCGCCGCCUCCCUCCUCCCGGGCUACAACGACGUGAGCGGCUCCGUCAUCGUCGACUGGAACGGGUAUCCGCAUUUCCUCUCUCCGCAGGAGGAAGUCGACCGAAAACUACAGCUGGAGGCAGCGGUGCAGGAGCGGAUGUUGGGGUUGCCGAGGCGGACGGAUUUCGCCUGGGAGCGGCCCGGUGCCCACCAGCAGGGUGGUCAUUAUGCUCCUCCGAGAUAUACGCCGGCAAGCUCGAAGUCCGGAUCGCGGUCCUCGCAUUCGAGUACGAGUAGUAGUGGGUCGUCCGCUCGGAGGUGA